AUGGAUUGCUGGAAAGUCACCAGUACUAACCUGAGUGUGAAGAAGGAAGUGAGUGCAGCGGAGACAGAGAGUGGUGUGAAGGAAGAAAGUGCAAGACCUCAGAAGAAAGCUCGUAAAGAGGUUCGUAAAGAGGCUUCUCUUGAUGCUAGUAAAGUGCCUUCUGCAGAGGCUCGUUCAGAGGCUUCUACGUCUGUUGGUGGGAUGACCAAUGAGCAGAUUAAAAAAAGCUUCAUGGACAUAAUUGAUGCCAUGAGGGAUGGGUUUGGGAUGUGCCUUAAGGAGAUCAAGUUGUUGGGGGAUAGGAUUGAAAGUGUGAAUAGGGCGAAAGCAGGAAAGAAUGACCCCCAAGAACCGAGUUCCUCGAAAGACCUGAGUCUUGUGAUAGCAAAUGAGCCCGAGGGGAAACCUACAGAACAGAGUGGUGAACCUAGCGUUCUUGUAUUGGACAAAGGAGUACCCACUGAUUCUGAUUUACAGAAGGGGAAAACUAGAAGGCAGAGAACGAAGGAUGCUGCUAUGGUACAUGUCCGUGGAAAGAGUGACCGAGCAAGGAAACUUUCUGCCUCACAGCAAUCUCCUUUUAAGGGAAACAACACUACCAAAGUGAUCAUUCCAAACAAAAGGGUUGGCCAAGGCUAUGAUCCUUUUUCACCCUUUGACAAGAAGAUGUCGAAGGUGCUCACUGACUGGGUGAAACUUGAUCCAGAAGACUUAUCAGACGACUUACGGUUAAGGCGUCUGCAUAUGGAUGCUUUUAUUAAUGUACUGAGGCAACGGUACCAAGAUAAUCCACAUCAUUUCAGGAGCGAGAGACUGUGCUUUCUUGAUCAUGUAUUUUCUCGGCAGUGGUCUCACAAGUACCCGGAAUUUAAGAGCGACGAGGGCAACAUCAACGGCUUAGGAAGAAGACUCCCUGGUGGGGCGUGGAAUUAUCAUGCAGGUAUUGUACCAACAUUUUGCCAAUCUAUGAAGGUUUGGGGGUUGGAUGUGGAUGAUAUUUAUGCGCCAGUGAACUUCAGGAACGAGCAUUGGAUUGCUAUGUGGAUAUUGAUCUCUAAGAAGCACAUAAUUGUCUGGGACAGCAUUAUAUCGCAUAUUAGAGCUGCAGAACUCGAUGUGGUCAUGGAGCCUUUUGUCACAAUGGUUCCUUAUCUGCUUGUUGAGUGCGCUGGCUCUGACGAAGAACGUGUCCAACACACACUAGAGCCAUACACAUAUGAGAGAGUUACUGUUGGAUACAUCGAAUGUCAUGCUCUUGGGAUGUCAUUUACUCCAGAGUUUUGUAACAAGAACGCGAAGGCUAUAAGGGAGAAGAUGGCAUUGGAUAUAUUUAAGGAGACUCCUGAAGGCCAUUCAAAAGAGAACGAAGACAAUGAUGAGAACCUGGGAACUUAUGACGAGCAAGGUUAA